AUGCUGCGCACGGAAGCUCCAGAGGACAAAUGUGCGAAAUAUAUAAAAGCCCAAAAUUUGUUUGCUCUAUAUCCACUUCCACGGGAAUCACUGACACAAGCAAUCAUGAACAAGUUCAUCGUACUCGCCGCCAUCGUCGCCGUGGCCGCCAGCUCAGUGGUGCCAGUUGUGAAAGAUGAUGAAGCCACGAGCUUCUCCUACGGAGUCGCUGACCCCAUCACCGGGGACUACAAGAGCCAGGUUGAAUCCCGCGUCGGCGGUGUUGUACGAGGACAGUACUCCUUAGUCGACCCUGAUGGCACCAAGCGUGUGGUGGACUACACAGCUGAUGACGUCAAUGGAUUCAACGCUGUUGUACGCAAAGAGCCCCUGGUCGCGAACGUUGUAGCUCCAGUUGUUGCGUCUCGUUCUGUCGUGCCCCAAGUCUCAUCCCCCGCUGUCUACUCCAGCUCAUACGUAACUCCCUCAGUAUACAGCAGCGUACCCUCAGUGUACAACGCCGCACCCUCAGUGUACUCCGGUGUGUACCCCGGAUACUCUACAUACGGAUACCCCACCGCUCGCCUUGGCUACUGGUAA